AUGCGUUUCUCUACCACCGUCGUCCUCGCAGCUACUGCUGUCAGUGCUGCCUCCAUUACCCGCCGCGACACCUUCGAGUUCCCCGACAGCGUUCCUCUGGUUGAGAAGCGCCAGGAACCUGGUACCCCCCGCUACGAGUGCCACGCCAACUGCGGUACUGCCCUGCAGCUCUCCAGGGCGUCGGACUUCAGCUGCGACAACAGCGACUUCACCCGCCAGUUCAACGCCUGUCUUGACUGCGCCCUUGAAUUCGACAUCUGGCAGUACUAUGGCAACGGAUUGAAGGCCGCCGCCACCAAGUGCGGUCUUGAUGCCACCCCCAAGCCCACUGGCAGCACCGGCUCCAGCAGCGCCCAGUCGACUUCCGCUGCUCCCACUUCCGCCGCUCCCACCUCCGCUGCUCCUACUUCCACGGCUGCGUCCUCUGCUGCCCAGACCUCGGCCGCUUCCUCUGCCGCUUCCUCUAGCGCUGCUGCUUCCUCCAGCGGUGCUGCUCCCUCGUCUUCUGUCGUUCAGACUGGCGCAUCUAGCUCCGCCUCCGCCACCAGCGGCGCCGUUGCUUCUUCCACCACCCCGGGCUCUGCUGUCAGUACCCCCACCUCCCGUGUCCCUACCUCCAGCAUUGCUGGUGGCAACUCCACCAUCACCACUGGCUCCCCCAACACCCCCGUUCCUACUGCCGGAGCUGCCCAGCUCUUCGGCUCCACGGGUCUCAUUGCUGGCGCUGCCAUCUUCGCUGCUGUCAACAUGAUGUAA